AUGUUACCGUUCACCUCUCAUCCAUUACCGCGACUUGUUGCCCUUUUGGUCCUCGCCGCGCUGCAAGCCUCCGGGGUAGUUGCACAGGCAAUUCCAUGGCGGGAUCACCAUUCGGCAUUUGCUGGUCCAAAGGGUGUCUACUUUGUCGGAGGUCGGACGGACGCGUCACAGCCGCCAUACGUACUAUCAGCAAAUGGGCCAACCGUUCCAAGACCUCAGCAAAAUGCCCAAUGGCGUGCAGAUCCAUCAAUAUAUUUCCUAUCAGCUGCGACCGCUUCUGCGUCAAAUCUAUCCAGUAACCUUCCACCCCUAUUUGGCCAUAGCUGCGCCGCAGUUGAGGGGCAAGAAGUUGCGUACUGUACGGGUGGCUUUCGAUCCAACAUUGGGUCCCCAUUCCCUGCUGACGAAAGCAUCUGGAAGUAUGACAUGGGCAACGGUAAUAUGACGAGGUUACCCGUCAGGUUACCAACUUUAAAUAGUGGUCCAACCGGAAUACCUGCGGUUCGCGGAUUUCAUGCUUCGGUUGUCAUGGAUGACGCCAUCUACAUGUUUGGUGGCUUGGGUUGUCUAUAUUGUGGAUUUGUUCCUGCAUAUGGGGCAGCACAAACUAUCCGUUACGAUCUGAAGACGGGCAAUGCAACAUUCGUGCCGAUUGUUGGUGACAACGGUCCUAGUGAGCUUAUCGGAACAUGCGCUGUCAAAGUACCCGGCAACAGAGUGCUGCUUAUCGGAGGAGCACAAUCGCGUCCUACUGUUUCUGCUCUUUCGGAUCAAGUGUGGCUCUUCGAUCCGUCGAGCACUUCUCGGACGUUCGAGCCUUUGCGCAAUUUCACGGGCAUAGCUCCAAGUCCCCGUUGGGGCGUGACGUGCGCAAAAGCCCCUAAUAGUAAUAUUGUGUACAUUCAGGGGGGAUGUGAUCCCAAUGGCACUGAGCCGUCGGAUCCUGCUCUAUACACAUUGGAUUUGUCGACGUACACCUGGGGGAUGCUUGGCGCACCUGGCACUGGGCCAGGUGCUAGAUGUUUUGCGGCCGGGGCUCUUUUGAACGAUUUCUUUAUAGUUCACGGUGGACAGAGGUCGCGAGCGGAGGUUGGCCGUCAGCAAUCUGCUCCUGCGACAACUCAGACUUCACCGCCGCGGACGACCGUAUCUGCAGUGCCUACUAGUUCAUCUCGUAAUGGGCAAGGAGCAGCAUCUUCGUCGAGAUCUCCGCCGAGUCCCACAGGUGCUCCGACUCAAUCUCCGGAGACCAGCGAUUGGCCGUUUGGCUUCCCUCCUAUGCGCGAUUGGGAGAAUGGUGAAAAUCAGCAAUGGCCGGACGGGUUCCCACCCAUGCGAGAUUGGGAGGGGGGUCAAAAUGCACCUGUGCCAUGGCGUCCCCAGUUUGGGCCACAAGGAAUGCCAAGAGUAGUUGUGGAGAGUGAGCCUGGUGGCCCUGCUCCUGGUGAAGAUGACGAUUGGGCAUGGAGAAAGCCAGAGUGGUGGCCUAACGGCUUAGAUUUUCCAUAUGGUGGGCCGGAUCGACAACAGCACCUGCGCCGAUCACACAUCCGCAAGCGCCAUGUCCGAUCAUGGUAUAGGCGGCAACUCUCGACGCAACCCAUGCGCGGCAUGGAUGACAACGGCAUUUAUGCGUUUGAUACCAAGCACUUGACGUGGACAGCUCCAGCUACUUUACUACAGAACGUCGCCCCUGCGCCUCCAGCAGGACCAUCUCCGCCUGUGGUGCAGGUACCCACGUCCGAUCCCAUUGCAACCGGACAAGGAGAGAGUUCUGCGCAAGCAACCCGGACCAAGGUGAUUGUUGGAGUGUUACUUGGAACCAUGGUUGCUAUUGCGCUUGCCGUUGGGUCUCUCCUAGUGUAUUGCAGGAGAAAUAGAAAUAAGCGGUCGUACGCCAGUCUUACCCAGGAAGCACGCAGAAGCGGGAGCCUUCGUGUUUAUCGUGUACGAUCGCAAGAGGCGCCACCAAAGCCAGGGACUUCUGAAGCCGCUUCUACUCCCACGAUACCUGGGGGGAGGUUCUUGGAUCCGAAACGAAAUGUCGUUAUUCCGCUACUAGCUCCUAUCCCCGUGGAUGGUGGAUCAUUAGGCGAGGGCCCGUGGGCAGCGCAAGCUGGGUCUACUGCUGCAUCAUCUACAGUGCCAAUGUCCAGCGAACAAGGGAGUCGCGUUGGAGAUUUGCAAGCUUUGCAAAGAGGGCUCGGCGAUAUUUCGCGCUUGCAGCUCGAAAAUGCCCAGGUGGAAUCAACUGCGUUACCAUUGCGACAAGAAUCCAUCUUUCGCAAACGAAAGCCACAAGAGAUGCUUCAGGCUGGAGCUUCUUCACAGCCUGUAGCGCACAGUGCAUCUGCCGCUGUUACAGCCGCUGUUACUGGUGCCUUGAUGGGAUCAUCGUCACAUGGCAGUAUCCCGCCUCCUUCAACCCCCGAGAAUUUGCAGAAUGUUCCUAUGGGCCGUGAAGCUGAUAUGCAGUCGCCAACCUCGUCAGGUAGUGGGGGUUACGUGCUUGAGCAGCAGAUGCGAUAUAUUGUGGUGUACCCCCACUUUCCCAGAAUGCCCGAUGAGGUUGAGUUGAGACCUGGUGAUGAAGUGGCUGUUAGGAAAAUUUACAAGGAUGGAUGGUGCCGAGGCACCAAUCUUCAUACUGGACAAUCUGGGUGUUUCCCGAUUUUGGCAGUAGAGGAGUCAGACGUAUACGAGGGUCACGAGGGAGUCGAAUAUUGGGAUGCCAGCUAUUAUGGUAUACCAGAUCCUCCGAGUGAUUCUCAAAGUCUGAAAGGCGAUGGUGCGAGCGGGGGAGGCUUGUCCUUGAACUCUGUGCUACUUGGUGGCGGUGAUCGAGGAUAUGGGUCUUUUGCAAGCGAAGGACAGGAAGAAGGAGGAGAUGAGAAGGCGGGAGACGAAGGUGAGGGAGCCGGGUUUCCAGGAACAUCCCAUGAAACGCUUUUGGGUGGUACGGAGGCGUAUGGUUACGGAUAUGGGUAUGGUGAAGACCAGAUUCUCCACUUACCCCAUGAGUCGCGGCAAAAGGAGGAAAAGCAACAACUCCUAUGA